AAAAAAGAGCGAAAAACCCAAAAAGCCCUACACUCCUCCAAUACACUGCUCUCUCUUCGCAGUGCCCUCUCUCUCUCUCUCCCCCUCUUCUCCUUCCCUUCCAUUUCGUUCCCCUUUGCUCUUCUUCGUCUUCUUCGUCUUCUUCACAACGACAGAUCAAUUUUACAAACCCCUUUCUCUCUCUCAGAACUCCGUUUCCCUCCUUCGUUUUCUUCCCCUCCGCGCGCACAGGCAGCCCGAUUCCUCAAGCUUUUUUCUUUUUUCUUUGUUCCUGUUCUUUCUGUAUCUGGGGUUUCUUGGUCGUGAAGGAUGAGUGGUGGCGGGUCUAGGGUUUCAAUCCCCCCCAGUGUGAGGAAGACGAUCGAGAAUAUUAAGGAGAUCACGGGCAAUCACAGUGAUGAUGAGAUUUAUGCAAUGCUUAGAGAAUGUUCCAUGGAUCCCAAUGAGACUACUCAGAAGCUUCUUCUUCAGGAUACUUUUCAUGAAGUGAAGAGCAAACGUGAAAGGAGAAAAGAGAACGCAAACAAUCGAGAGUCUGUAGAGUCACGGUGGAAAACGGGCAUGCAGGGAAGGGGUGGUAGAGGUGGUCGUAUAAAUUCUUCUCCUCGUUAUAUUUCUCAUGAUGCUGGUGGUGGCCGGAACCCUGGACCUGGAAAAGAGAAUGGAGUCAAUCAAGCAAUUGAGAAGGGUGGUUCUUUAUCCAUUCCGACUUCUCAAGAAAUGAAAAAUAAAGAAAAAAUACCAGUAACAAGCUCUGUAUCUGUUGGAAAUGGUUCCACGAGUCUAGCUUCUGGAAGUGUUUCUGAAGUAACUUCAUCUUUGGCCGACAUUAGUGGUAAAGGGAGUGCACUGCCUCCUAUAAACGCACACAAGAACCCAAACCGUGCACUUGGCACAAGGCCCUCAAGUGAGCAGCCCAUACCGAACACUGAUAACAGUGUGGUACCAAUCACACUAGCAUCUUCAUCAUCGGCAUUGAGCUCCUCAUCUUUAGAUCCAUCCAGUGAAUCACAGCUAGCAGGUUCCAUGGAUGCAAUUAAAUGUGAUGGGGGUAGCUCAUUGCAUCCUAAUGAGCCAAGCACAACUAAUCCCAUGGAAAAUAAAUUAAUUCUUGAGGCUUUGGAGAUUAGCAACUCUUUGGCUCAGGAAAAUCAACCAAUUAAAUCUCCAAGAGUUGAGGAGAGUCAGCUCAAUGAGAUUUCGCCGCCUUCUGUGUCAAUGCAGGGCAGCUCUACCGUUAGCUUGCCUUCUAAUUAUAAUAAACGGCCACAACAAGUAAUCGGCCCCCAUAAAGCUAGUUCUAAUAAGGAAUGGAAACCGAAGACUACAAAUUCAGUUGUUAUCCAGCAAUCUAGAACUGUUGGUGCGGCUGCUGCUACAUCUGAGGUUCCAGCUGUUACCUUUGAUCACACCGAUCAUUUAGAACCUGCUUCAAGGGUCCUUGAUUCAGAAGAAGCUACUUUAAAACUGCAGAAGAAAUUGGAAGAGUUGAAUGUAUCAAAAAGUCAGCUUGUUAUUCUUCCAAACCACAUUCAGGUUCCUGAAUCUGAACGAUCGAAGCUAAGCUUUGGAAGUUUUGGCAUUGGUUUUGGAGUUUCUGCCACUGUUCCAAGCGGUCCUGAGAGUGACCAGAGACUUACACCUGUGUCUGAAGCUUCAGUGGAUGCUGAUGAAAACGUAGAGGAAGAAGCUUCAAGUUAUCCUAAUGCACUGAGAAGUAAUGAAGACGUAGAUUCUCCUGAUCGUCCACAAUCUCCCACUCAUAUUCCUGAAAAUUUAUCACCCAGUGGAGGCGAUCUUUCAUCAAGCACAAUUCAAGAGUACAAUGAAUUAAAGCAGGAGACAGGAUUACCUUCUGGUGGCAAUACAAACUCCGUUGCUCAAACUUCUUCAAGUUACAGUUUUGGUUUGAUCUCCCCUGUAGUUGGGAGUCAGAUUGCAGCAGUUGAAAACUCCGAUUCUCAAGGCCGUGAUGCUUCUCGUCUUCCCAGCUUUGUUGUUCAACAACCUUUCGACCCUUCAAGUUACUAUGCCCAGUUUUACCGAUCGGGUGAGAAUGAUGGUCGACUUUCCCCCUUCCUUUCUCCUGGAGUUGCCGCUAAGUACAAUGGCAAUGUUGCAUUGUUGUCUCCUUCGAGCUCCCAAUCUCCUCAAGAGGGCGUGGUUCUGACUACAGCAGGCCCGACAGCACUGUUAACUCAAGCAGCUGGGCUUAUGCAAAGCUCUAUAGCUGUGACUCAGCAGCCUGUCCCCGUAUUUCGACCUCCAGCUGGGGUCCAUAUUUCUCAUUAUCCCCCCAACUACAUACCAUAUGGUCAUUAUUUCUCCCCGUUUUAUGUUCCACCCCCUCCCAUCCAUCAAUUUGUUGGCAAUAAUGCAUUUACUCAGCAACCUCAAGGAGGUAAUAUCUAUCCAGCUCCGCCAGCAGCUACUGCUGCAGUUAAAUAUUCAAUUCCGCAGUACAAGAUGGGAGCCAAUUCUGGUAACUCCUCUCACAUUGGUGUGCCAAGUGGCUACGGUCCUUAUGGUUCCUCAGCAUUUGGUUAUAGCCCUAGCACUGCUGCACCGGCUGGAAAUACCACUGCAAAUGAGGAACUUGGUGCAUCGCAGUUCAAGGAAAAUAGUGUAUACAUCACUGGACCACAGAGUGAAGGUUCAGCAGUAUGGAUUGGUGCACCAGGACGGGACAUGUCAAGCUUGCCCGCAAACUCGUUCUACAACCUUCCACCGCAGGGUCAACAUGUGACUUUUACCCCAACGCAGACAGGUCACGGUACAUUUGCCGGUAUCUAUCACCCGGCACAGGCAGUAACUGCAGCAACGGUCCACCCGCUUCUGCAACAGUCACAAGCCGUGGCUGGAGGAGUUGAUACGGUAGGACCGGGAGGUAGCAUUUAUCAACAACCUCAACACUCGCAGAUCAAUUGGCCAAGUAACAAUUAGGUAACAACAAAUCAGAAGUUAAAAAAAAAAAUUAAUAUUGGGAUUUUUGGGAGAGCUCCCAGCAAUUGUGGAUCGAGAUGAAUAUCAUCAUCAUCAGGGGAAGAGUUGCUAUUGACUGGAGAAUGUUUUAGGAGGCAGGGAAAAGACUGAUUCUACUGUUUGCUUGAAGUGAGUACAUGAAAGGUGCAGCCCACCUAUAACAGAUAUUUACCAUUUUAAGUUAGUUCACAACUAGGCAUGUGCAGUUGUUCUAUUUCUUGCAGCUGGUGCUCUAUAUGGAAUCUCUCUCAAUUCUUCAUUUGAUAAGCUUUUCCAGCGUUUCUAUUGUUGAAUUCUUCAAACUGAGAGAAUUUGCAGUCAAAGUGUUGAGAAAUCUUUUUGCAUUCUUUCUUCUUUAAUUUGGAGAUCUUAUAGGGGCUUUCGAAAGGUAAGAUAUAGGCUGGUGAAGAAUUUUUCCUUCUCUUUAAUUUUUCAGCUACCUUACCUGUAAAGUUAUUUGAUGAUAGCAAGAAAAAAGUUGUAUUCAUGUAAUCCAGAAAAUGUGAAUUGUUUUGGUUGACUCA